UUGUGAAUGUGAAGUUGGAAAUGGGAAUUAUUGUUAUAAUUUUGCCACAGCUAUGAAUAUUUAUCAUGACUGUUUACAACUGCACGUGAGCAUUUGAAUAUAAUUAUAAGAAACUAAUUUUUAAAACAAAAAAUACUGGAACUGUAAUGGAAAGAACAAAUAAUAACUUCAGCGACAUGAGUCGAAGAGCCGGAGAAAUAUUUAGACGCAUAAACAGGCUAACAGACGGUCCUUUAACAAGGAAAAAGCUAGUAAUAUUAAUCCUAGUGCUAAUAUUCUUAUUACUUUACAUCGGACCAACUAUUAUGAACUCUCUCUUCAAUACCGAGAGUUCCCUGACGAGCAACCAAAACGUAUGUCAUCGGAACUUUUUGAACCCUUUCCAAGAUGCUCUUAGCGAGUACGAUGCCUAUUUAAGGUUGGAAUCAACCGCCACACUGUCGUCAUUAAGUCACAACUAUGUGCCUUAUGUAGGAAAUGGUAUGUUAGGACUGGCAUUGGAACAUGAUUCCCAUUUAAAUAUUAAAUUUGGAAGAACAGUGUCGUUACCAGUUUACUAUCAUCCAUUGUAUAUAGUAGAUGAUUUAGAUAUGAAAGAAUCAACUCUUGUAGACUACAAAAAAGGUAUUGUGCAUAGAUUUCAGUGCAGCAGUACUGGUUUGCAUGUGUCAUACCAAUAUUACGCACACAGGACUAUUCCAUCAUUAUUUGUUCAAGAAAUCUUAAUAAAUAAUCCUCUGAAUGCUCCUAAAAGCCUACACUUAACUGUGCCUAGAUUGUCAGAUUGGUCCACAUCUGUCAAGCAAACUAUAAAACUACACCAGGGUGUCGAUGCUAAGGAAUACGAAGUAGUAACAGGUAUGAUAACGCUACCAGAAAGUGAAAAUGUCAUUGCAGUGUCUGUUGUUUGUAGAAAAUUAAAUAACAUCCUACAAGUUGAAGCGCGGGAUGGUUUAGAUCUUUUAAUUCUCACUACAGUACAAUACAGUAAGCCUAUUAAAAGGUCUGAUUAUGCAAAACAGAAGGAUAUUGUUGAAAAGAAAGCAAUCGCAGAAAUGGAAAAGGUAAUAGCACUAACAGGGGACAGAACCGCUGUUAGGAGAUUAAGGGAAAACCACACUAGAGUUUGGCAAGGUUUAUGGUAUACAGGGUUUUAUAUAUCUGAUUCUAAAGCUACAGGUGCUAUUAAUGGAGACCGUAUCAAUGCUACUAUAUAUGCAAUCCUCUCACAAGUGAGAAGCUACGAACAUGAAGAUCAUAUAAAAUUGGAUACAAAAUCGGAAAUCCUUCGAACUCUUACAUAUUCUGAAGGAUGCUAUGAAGGAUAUUCUACGUUAGAUGCGUUUAAUUUAUGGAAACCAUUAAACAGCCUAACAAACUUAAACACAGUUGCAAGUAUAUGGCUUUUAACAUUGGAGAAGCAAGGCUGUCAUAAUCUCUUAAAAGCCGGUGCCAGUGGAGUGAAUCAAGCUAUGAUUCUCAGUUUUGGUAGCUUAAGAUUUAGUAAUCAACACCUUGAAUACAACAUUCACCCUUCAAAAUUACACAGAGACUUUCUAUUCCGUAGGAUAAACUAUGGGAAUAUGACUCAUGUUAACAUAAGUGUGAUUUUACAGGAAGACAAUAAAGCAGCUAUAUUCGUUGCCUUAGAUCGCUCUGACAGAACAUAUUAUGCUUGCGAUGCCGGCUGCUUGGAUUCACCCGUACAACUAGGGCCUUAUAGAAAAUAUUUCCCAGUGAAACUAACCGAACCUUUAACCGCUAUAUUGUAUAUAACAGCCGAUAAACAACACAUGGAAGAUUUGAGACAUGCUAUUCACGUACAUGAAGUCAUUGAGGCACCAGCUCACGAACAUCAUGUCAUUGCAUUGCAUAGACAUGGACACUCGCUCGGUGGACUCAAUCCCUUAUUCUGGGUGUCCAUAAUAGUUUUAAUAGUUAUGUUCCAUUUGUUCCUCUGUAGGAUUAUUAUGAAUGAAUUCUGCGAUAGCGGCACAAGUAUUAGUUACAAGAGAUUGUAUAAUAAAGCUUAAAUUGAAUAUAAGAUAUAUUGAAACAUGAAUGUUUAGUUGUUUGUCGGUUUUCUGCCAGCUUCAGUAUUCAGUGUUUUUGAAGAUAUGGAAAUGAUGAGCUAGGACACUUGGCACGCUUUAGCACCCUUAUACUGCUACUCACACAAUUGAUUAUGUUAUUUUACGCUGGGGGAGCAUCUUAUGCAGAUUGACAUUUACAAUAUAAAUUUACCGCACCCAGCUAAUAAGCAAAACUGCUAACACACGGUAUAUAUUCUGUGUAUGGAUUUAAGAGAGGAGGUGUUCUAGCUUUAUAUGCUAAAUAUUAUUUGGCUUCUGCAACACUGCCAUCGACUGCAUAAUAUUAGUAAUCUUUUCAAAGUUUUAUUAUUUAUACUUAAAACAUUUAAAUCCAUACAAUGAUUGAAGUGGAUCCAAAUUUUUGAUCAAUAGUCAUAUAAAAUUAAAGUUAAUUGUAAAAUUCAUAAAUAUCUACGAUUACUAUCGUUGUAAAUCAUUAUAUAUGUAAAUAUU